AGCCAUGAGAUGACGGUGCGCGUCAAGGAGGUGGGAUUUCCUCUCCUCCUUAACAUCAUCCUACUCCUCCUAGGGAUGUAUCGGCGUGUGGUGCACCUGUUUUAUGUAUGAUCUGGGUCAACGGUCGUUGAAAUGCUCUAUUUGUUACCAGUGUCAUCAAUAGCCAUACGAAAGGUUUAAACAACCUAUUCGGUGGUUCCCGAGAGACCUCGAUUCAGUGUGAUUUAGGUAGAGGAUGUGUUGAUUUUUCUCUUUCGGGGUGCAGCAGUGAGACAGCAUCUUUGCCGGGUGACACAUCAUUAUCAGUACGAGUGGACAAGCCCAGUAGGACACCAUGUCGGACAAAAGUGACCUAAAAGCAGAGCUGGAGCGUAAGAAGCAGCGCCUCGCCCAAAUCAGGCAGGAAAAAAAGAUAAAGGAGGAGGAGAGGAAGAAGAAAGAGGUAAGGAAAAAAUCAGAGAGUCAGCAGAAGAGAGAGGCCACCCCAGAGGAUUCAGACUUAGACCGCAAGCGCAGGGAGACUGAGGCCCUGCUGCAGAGUAUUGGCAUCUCACCGGAGCCUUCACUAGUCCAUUCUUUGCAGCCUUUAAUGUUAGAUUCAUGUUAUUUUCAUUAUUUAGUCCCGACCCCUGUGUCCCCCUCCAAAUCAGUGAGCACACCCAGUGAGACGGGGAGCCAGGAUUCAACUGAUGGAGGAGCAGCAGGCAGGUUUAGGUCAGGUUUCUCUAAAAACAAGUCCCAAGCACAGAGCUCAAGGACGCUGCAGUGGGACACAGACCCCUCCGUGCUGCAGCUGCAGGCUGAUUCUGAGCACGGGCGCAGGAUGCAGAGGCUGGGAGCCUCUAAGAUCACACAGGUAGACUUCCUUCCCAAAGAGGUGGUCUCUUACUGCAAGGAGACGCAGACGCCACUCACCGCCCACCUGUCUGAAGUAGAGGAGGAAGAGGAAGAUGAGGAGAUGAUGGAGGCAAAGUCAGGCCCCGAGUCGGAGCAGCAGGAUGAAGAUGACAACAGGGAAAACAAAGAAGGCUCAUUUCCAGUUCUGCGGGAGCUGACAGAGGAGGAGAGGCAGCAGAUCCUGCACUCUUCUGAGUUUCAGAGUUUCUUUGAGUGCAGCAUCCGGGUGAUGGAGAGAGCUCUGGCUGAAGACAGCAACAUCUUCUUUGACUACGGCGGCCGGGAGCUGGAGGACAAAGAGGGAGACUUGGGCAGUGGCUCCAGUCUGUCCUUCAGCCGACUCUUCUACGAUGAACACUGGUCGAAACAUCGCGUGAUCACCUGCCUUGACUGGUCGCUUCAGUAUCCUGAGUUGCUGGUUGCCUCAUAUAACAAUAAUGAAGAUGCUCCUCAUGAACCGGAUGGUGUUGCCCUAGUAUGGAACAUCAAAUUUAAGAAGGCCACACCAGAGUACAUCUUUCACUGUCAGUCUCCAGUAGUAUCUGUGGGCUUUGCCAGGUUUCAUCCGAACCUGGUGGUGGGGGGGACUUACUCGGGACAGAUCGUCCUGUGGGACAACCGCAGUCACCGUCGGACCCCCGUCCAGAGGACUCCUCUGUCUGCUGCUGCACACACUCACCCAGUCUACUGUGUGAACGUGGUCGGCACCCAGAAUGCCAACAACCUGAUCACUGUGUCUACAGACGGCAGGAUGUGCUCCUGGAGUCUGGACAUGCUUUCCCAGCCACAGGAGACCAUGGAACUGGUGUACAAUAAAUCCAAACCUGUGGCGGUGACAGGCAUGGCUUUUCCCACGGGAGAUGUUAACAACUAUGUGGUCGGGAGCGAGGAGGGCACUGUGUACACUGCAUCCAGACAUGGCAGCAAGGCGGGUAUCUGUGAGAUGUUCGAGGGCCACCAGGGGCCGGUGACGGGCAUCAGCUGCCACAGCGCAGUGGGCACCGUCGACUUUUCCCACCUCUUCAUCACGUCCUCCUUCGACUGGACCGUCAAACUCUGGAGCACCAAGCACAACAAGCCUCUGUACUCGUUUGAGGACAACGCCGACUAUGUGUAUGACGUAAUGUGGUCGCCUGUACACCCUGCGAUCUUCGCCGCCGUAGAUGGCAUGGGCCGCUUAGACCUGUGGAACCUCAACAACGACACUGAGGUACCAACUGCCAGUGUGACCAUCGAGGGUGCUUCGGCCCUCAACAGGGUCCGCUGGUCGUCAGGCGGGAAGGAGGUGGCUGUGGGCGACUCAGAAGGCCGAGUCUGGAUCUACGAUACUGGAGAGCUGUCAGUGACUCAUACUGAUGACUGGGCGCGCUUCGCUCGUACCCUGAUGGAGAUUCGUGCUAACCGGGCGGACGGCGAGGAGGAGGGGCCUAUGGAGCUGGCUUCAUAGAACAGGACUCCAAACCAAAGAGACCAGUGGGGUGUACUAUGAAGCGAGAUUAGUGGUUAGCAAGGUAUGUUAAACCUAAAGCCAAAAUGUCACAAAGGUGACUACUUUUUAACCUGGUAGAUCGCCAUGGUAAAUGAUGCUACACACCUAGAGUUUCCGAUUGAAAUCGGCUAUAAAAAAAGCGACCCUUUCACUGAUCACCAACUUUGGAAAUUGUGUCACUGUUAUGAGGUUCCCUUCGGAGGAAUUGUUUCAUAGGAUUUCCUUCGGGUCAUUAUAAGUGCAGCAGAUUGCACCCACAUACCCAUCACCGGAGCCUUAGGGGAACAUGAGGGGGAUUUUGUUAAUAGAAAGUCCUUUCGCAGCAUCAAUUGUCUGGUGGAGCUGGCCCCCUCCAGUCUUCCUCCUCUUUAUUAUUUCCCCCGUUUUGUUUCAGGUUAAAUGAACACUUUAAAUUUUACACAGCAUAUCAUCCAUUCACUAAGAGAAUGAUGAAGGCACAGCAACUACAUACAACUUUAGAUUAUGUUUUUAUGCUUGGUCCUGAUUUGCUACCAUGUCCGUUUUUCACGGCUAUCCAUUUUAACAACCUGACUGAUUGCCCCCUUUUAUAGGAACGUGCACAGGGCCAGAUGAAAAUAUCUGUGUUAUAAAAAUAAGUGAUAACCACUGUCGUGAUACCAAUUAUCUCUGAUUGGGGUUUAAAGUUUUGUUGAGCCAAGAAGAAAGCCUGGCUCUGUCGAACUUGCUUCGCAGUACACCCCUCUGGUGUGCUUUUAUCGUUGUCACUAUAGCAUGUGCAUCUCAAUCAGUUUAGUUUCUUCAUCUUUAUGUACAUGUUCCUGUCUGGUCCAAACAGAGCCGCGUCUUUAUUGUAUUCUUGCAUUUACUCAACCGGAAAAUGUGACCUCUACUGAUUUGUCCGCCCUUAUUUAUUUAUUUAUUGACUUAAGGUGAUUUGUUGCUUGCAACCCGUGAGCCUACAGUAUAUACAAAGUGGCAGUCUUAUAGCCUUAUAAGGAUAUGUGUGCUGUGACGAUGCUUUGCACUACCGUAAAAAUAAAGCAGGGUCCAUAGACUAGUCCUGUAUUGUUUACAAAAGGUCAUGUUCACUUUAUGUUGUGCUUCUUUUCUCUGUAUUAUGCCUGCAUGCAACACAUUCCUGAAAUAUUACAGAUGCAUACACAUGGAGUUAUUAUGGUGACAUUUUUUCCACACACAGGGCUUUGUGGCUGCUUUAUGUCAGUGUUUCAGGAUGUCAGAAACCGAAUCAAGUCUGGUACUGGAACUUUGAUUUUAGUUCUGAAUGAGAGAAACAACUGUAUAUUCUUUAAUGAACUGUUAAUGAUUAAGAGGUAUAUUGUAAUGCAGAGUGCUGGCUGUUAAAUCUGCUGUGUUUACUAUUAAAGCAUAGCUCAUGAA